AUGCGUCUGCUGUGCAUCGUUUCAAUUGCAUUGGUUUUACCAGGUGAGAAAAACUUUGGUCUUCGAAGCCGCAGAACUUGACAAUUUUCUCCUGUUUCACAUAUUUUCAUAAGUUUUCUUGGUCUCGUAAUAUAAUUGAAUCCUGAAAACAUUGGAAUUGAUGUGUGCUAGUUUUUCGAACAUUUUGAAGAUUUUUGUUUGCAUUUCUUUUGAACUGUUUUCUUUGAAGCUUCUUCACAUCAACUUUUGAGCUUUUAUCAGAAAAUCCAAUAUUCUGAACAUUUUCUCAUUCAAAAUUGGAUUCUCGCUUUCUAACGGAAAUAAUCGAAGAAUUAUGAGAAAGAUGAUUUUUUUCAAAUUAAAUUUCUCGAAUUUUUUUUCUUUUGAUGGUUUUUUUCUUAAACGUUGUACUUUUUCUGUUUGACUAGUCUCUCAGAUUUUUUCGAUUCUAUUUGAAUAUUGAUAAAACUAUGAAAUUUGACAAACUUGAAAAAAAAAACCUUUUUGGAGUUUUGAGGUUUUUUUUUAAAUUCUUCCUCUUCAUAUUUUUAAGAAUAUUGGGUCCAAUGACUUUUGGAAAAAAAAACUUGAUACAAGAAAAAAUGGAAACGGAACAUGUUUAAAAUAAGUAUCCCAAUGCUUCAAAAUUGAAAAUAACGAUCUUUUUUAUGGCGACCUAACAAAUGCAAGUGUUACGAAUUGAUAUGAACUUUUUUCGAUUUUCGAAUUUUAUCAGCAAUUGUUAGAGUAUUCAAGAAUCGAGAAAUAGGCGAAAAGUCCGAUUUGAAUCAAUCUCACUGAUUAUUUUCGCUCCUUACUUUUCUAUGGUAUGAUCUCAUAAAAGAACUUGGAAGCUCUAUUUUUUUUCCCUUUAAACUUUGAUAGUAAAGUAGAAGUUUAAGGUUCCUUACAGAACUCAAGAAGAUAUUCAUCUUUGAAAUAAUUUAAUACUUUCAGCCGUAACGCAUGGUGCGACGACAGAGCAACUACGACAGUGGAUCCUAUCGAACCGAAAAAGUUUGCCGACAGGGGAAAACGGCGAGUCCGACCUGGCUGGAACCAUCUUGAGGUACAGGGAAAAGCCAAGUCUGAUGGAAGAUUUUCUUUGAAGACUCUUCGGCUUCGGACAAUCGACGACCCCAGAACCGACGACCACGACGACAACGGUAGCUACGACGACCACUACUGAAGCGGUCGCUGAUGGUUUGUUUGGUUGAAUUUAUAAUCCGGUGGAGGCCUGAUAAUAGAAGGAUAAGAAAAAACAGUUUCAGCAUCUAUGAUUAAAAAAAACUAGUCAGAAGUCCCAAAAGCUGUCGAUAAGCUUGAAAAGUUGAAAAACAGAAAUAUUUAAAAUAUAUGAUGAAAAAAAAUUUUGGCCAAGUAGAGUGUAGUCUGGAAACCUUGAUCUGUCAAGCUUGUAUUUUUUUUUCGGUGUGCGUUUUUUCUGAACAUACGGAUCCUUGGUUCUUUUCUUUCGUUAAUUAACAAACUGUUAAAACCAGAAUGCCUCGAAAAACUUCGAAAUAAUGAAUCGCAACUCUCUAAAUUUUCACCAUUUUCUAGGAUCUUUCAGUUUUUGGAUCGUUGAAAAUUCAUUCGAAAGUGAAAUUUCAAAACUUUUCUCAACCGGAGAAUUAUCUUGAAGCUCCUUAAAAUACCAAUUUUUUUUGAUUCAAAAAUGGCUUCCAAAUGGUUCAACUUAGGAGUUGGAAAAGUUCAUCUUUAGGACUUGAAUUUCUUCAAAAUAUUCCGAGCGAAGUUUUUUGAUAAACCGAGUUUAGUUCUGAAUUAUAAAACGUAUCAUGUUCAAUCAUGGUUCCAUUUGAUAGUUUUUAAAAUUCAAAAAAAAAUGAGAGAAUUAGAGAAUUAGAGACUUAACCAGGAUCAUGGAUAUUAGAACUCCACAGCGAGGUCUUGACUCAUGAAAGAUUCAAAUUUACAGACUGUUUUCCGAGAAGAUUGUCCAAAAUGGCUUCAAAUUUCAAAAAAGGCCCUUUUUUGUCUUUUUUUUUCCCGAAAUUCCUUAAGUGUUAGACAGUUUUUUGCCGUCGGCGCAACUUUCAUAUUGUUUUGCGGGCCACUCAGAGGGCCUUGCGCUUCCACGGAUACACAUGAUAGGCAAACAAGUGGAGAGAGGGCUUCUCACCCUCUCGGCCACUUCCUCUUUCGCCGGUGUUCCCCCGCUUUUCGCACCUCUGAUUAGUGUUAUCCGAGUAGAAGCAGGGUUUUGGAAGAUGUGAAAAGCUCGAAAAGUACUUCAGGGGAUCUCAAUUUUUGAGCUUGCAGUGGUUGAAAGAGUAAUUUUUGCACCUUCAAUAAGUUUUAUGCGAGAGGAAGAAAAGAUAUGGAACAGACUAAGGGCUCCAAAAUCCUGUCUCUAAUUUGGAAGUUUCACAGUUUGUAGUGUUUGAAAAAAAAUAUUCGUUUGCACCUUUAUUUUUGGACGAAAGCAGAGUUUUAAAGAGACAAGAUACUUGAGAAAUGGAAAUUUCAAUUUUCUCUAGAUUUGCUUCACCCACAUUUGAGAUUUUUCUAUGAGAAGGCGUGAGAAUUUAUUCUUUUUGUUGAUAUUUUUGAUUCUUAAGAAAUUUUUGUACUGGUUUCAAAGCUUGCAAAACAGACAGUACUCUUAGCUCUCAAAUAUUCGAGUUUAGUGUCGGUUCAGGCCAAGUUCGGCUAUUGUGCCUUUAAAAACACCCAACAGUUCCUUUGAACUGAACUAUUGGUCUCCAAAUGGAGUCCACAACACGGAGAGCUCAAAAUAACUACAGUAUUCCCGUGACGCAAACUAGAAACGUUUCCUUUAGAAGGAACGAUUUCCUCCAGGCUCGCCGCUCUACCAACCCCUGAGAUUUGUAUGUGAGGGAGCGUGAGUGUGUAUGCACGCCGGGAGUAACUCUAGACGACGUUCGUGUCACGGAAUGCGCACAAACAAGAACCGAGGAUGAAUGGCCCCGCGUCAAGUAGUGUUGUUGGCGUUGCGGGUGCAGUUUGGAAUGCCUUCCCAUUGAAUUUCGUUGCUCCUCGAGAUCAUUCGACUCGUUUUUUUUUUGUUGUUGGAUGAACUCAAAAAGACUACAGUGACUGGGUUGGAAGUUCUCAAUGAGUCAUUUUUGUUGGCUAGGAAAGCUUUCCUGGCUUCUUCCAUAGCUUAUUAUAUCUAAUGGAUAGUGAUCCUGAAAAUAGUAGGCUUUUCAUUUACCAUCUGUGAGAUAAGGUCCUCGUUAGUUUAAAAUUUUGAGACGUUUUUUAGCCGGAAUUCGAAAAGGCAGAAAGGAACUUUUUGGGUUUACUAAUAUCGAAUUCGAAGCUUCGCCCGGCUUAUUCGUUUUUUCUUUUACCUUAUCAAAAGAGUUUUGAAUCAUUGAGAACUGAGUUUCAGUAUGCAGAGAGUUCAGUUCUAACAAAAAUGACCAGGAAAAGAAGGAAAAAACAAACAAAUGGAGCAUGCACGUCAAAAAUGUUUGCGUCGGGUCCGUGAUGACACCGCGCAGUGUCACCUCAUCUCACGACUCUUUUUGCGUCUGAGAAGCAUCAAUUAAUUUUCCGGCUUCCUGUCGGGAGGGUAUUACGAUAGUUCUCCCGCAUAAGGAUUACAUAGAAAGUUGAUCGUAUUCUCUUCGUCGAACAAAAGUUUUCGAUUCGGCUCGUGUUGUUUCAAAUGAGAUACUGACCCUGUCUUGUCUCCCAAAAAUAGGUUUUUAGCACAUUCUUGUAUUUCAAAAAACUUUUUCUCUCGAUGAAAAUUUAAUUAAAAUUUCUCAAACAAUCAAUAAUAUAGUUAGAAAAAAGACAGUGAAUCUACAAAAAGUCACAUGAUACCGUAGUGGGCGACAUGGCGAUCAAUUCAGAAAGAAAAAGGGAAAAACUGACUAUUAGGAAUAUUGAAAAUAACUUUGCAGUGUGCCCGUUCUCGGCGGAACCCCUGCUUCUGGCCAAGGACUACGCCUACUGUCGGCCGUCCUCCAUUGGCGACUGUCCGGUUGGAUACCUCUGCGACCAAUCUUUCGUCCUCGGCCGCUCUAUCUGCUGCAAAGACGUCCGUCGUGGCGUCGCUCCUCACAGACCAAUUCCUCGUGAGUUUGAUUCCAGUUGUUUCGAAGCUCUAUCUGUCUCCUAACUUGCUCAUAUUUAUCUAAAAAUGCACACAAAUGAUCAAAAAGUCUAUCAAUAAAUCGAUUAAUAGAGAGUUUUUCGGGUUUUGAGCCGGAAAAUGUACAUUUUGGACUACAAUCUCAGGAUCAGAAGAUCGAAAUUUUCAAUCUUUGAACAAAAUAUUAUUCCACGACAUGUUUACUCACCACCUAUUCAUUCGAUUCUUACCCAAACCGUUUCCUUGCGUUGACGGGAAUCGAACUUGUAACCCUUUAGCCAUAGAUAUUAUCGCAACCGACUGCGCUAAGAGUUUUGGUUUUCUAGUGCGCCCGUCUUCCGUCCGACCGCCUUUCAACUGGAACACAGUGACGCCGACGUCGGCCCCGGCCAAGUACAGCUCGACCUCGACCUCGAAAAAAGCUCCCUGGUACAUCAAGGUGAGGAGAAAUGAUAAAAGCAGAAAAAGCUACCGAAAAGCGGCAGGUUUUCUGAGGGGACGUUCGGUGAUCCUUCAAGUGUUUUUAGCGCCUUUUAGUUUUCAAACCAGAAUUUUUCAGUUUCUGCCGGAGUAGGCUGAACUUUCAGUCUCUAGAUGAUGUCAAAAGGGUCAGAAAGAGGAAUUUUCUUAGUCCUCAUAAUACUUUUGCAGUGAAGAUGUGUUGAAACUGAGAAGUUCGAAAAAUAAAUAAAUAAACUUCAUUCUUGAGCGGGGAAGUGUAGUUUGGAGGCGGCAUGAAGCUCUUGAUGACGUCAAAAACCCAACUUUAGAGUUUUUACAGGGCUUGAAAUCGUCACUGUUUUCGGAAGUUCAAACAAUAAUUUCAGGACCGAACCACCUGGCCGACGGUCUACAACCGCGUGACUCCAGAAGCCCCGACGACGACGGCCGCCACGACGACCACCACCGAAGAGCCGACCACGACCACCACGACGACGACGGAAGCGCCAACGACGACUCCGACGACCACCACGACGACCACCACUACUACCACGUAAGCAAGGAGUUCAAUCAAUAUUAGUCAUAGGUGUAUCACACCAAACGCUGUACAAGAACCUUUGGUGACCUGAAACUUGUAGUUGAUCAAGUUGAAAGCUUGUUCUUACGGUCCUCCGCUUUUUUUUUCUGUGCGAAGUCCAUUCAGAUGCGCCUUGACGAGCUUAGAAUAUAGUGAGUUUUUCAGAACCACGACCCCCGCCCCAACGACCUCCACCACCACUGAAGCGACGACGACGACUCCCCGGGCCAACCCAUGGGCCCGAUUGUGGACCUCGACCGCCGCGCCAAAGAGCUUCGUCAACGUCACGGUCCUCCAAGCCGGCAGCGUUCGUCCUCUUCGGGUGCGUCCAGCAAAGAAGAAAUAAAAAAUGGAGAAAGCAUCUGCAGGACGGCCAGGCGGAAACCGUCGGCGCCAUCACCUUGGUCAACGACAACGGCUUCGUCGUCCUGAUCGACACCGGCUCGAGCAGCGACACCGAACGUCUUCUGCACAGUGAGCCUUUAAAAUUUCUUCAUGGAACUUUUAAAGUUUGUCAAAAUUGGCGGCUAGAUCUCGUUUCUGGAAAACUAAAAAUUUGUCAGGUUUAUUUUCAGAAAAUUCCGAAAAAUGACCUCCCUUGUCGGCCAGAACUGUAGAUGAGGCAUGGAGUUGAAGAAGUUUAGAAUCAAAAAAUUGUCUUUGCGGAACUUUUUUUUCAAACUGGACUUUUCGAAAACAGCUGGAAAACUCGAAAAGGAAUAUUUAGACGCUAAAAAUGGGUCUCAGCUUACUCAAAGCUUUAAGGAAUGAGUCAGGUUUAGAAAAAUAAAAAAAUUAGAGCCUAAAAAAAUUGAAAAAUGAAAUAAUCAUUAUCAAAAUUUAAAAAGUAAAUAUUAUUUUCUAAGAAUAAAUAAAUUAAAUAAAAAUUGAACAAACUGAGCUCUGGUUUUUCGAGAAAAAAAAAGUCUAUUCCGCAUAAGUCAAGUUUAAAAUGUUCUAACUUCUCAUACUUGGUACCUCAUGCAAACUUAAUAAUUUAUACUGAAAUCAAUUUCAAAUACCAAAUAAAAGAGCAAGUUUUAACUGAUCUUUGAAUUUUCCAGUUGGUUCAAAGUUUAAUCCUUGAAAGACUUUCUGAAAACUCAAAAACAAUCGAAAAAACCAAUCAAGCUCCUUAAUUUUUUUUCGAAAUUUGGAGAGAAAGAGAUUGAGGGAAAACUCAUUCCAAUUGGAAUAGAACGUUGAAUCUAGUUACCCUUGUCUCUUCUUCUUUUUCCGUUGGACAAGGAUCUUUGAUCAAAAAUUGGGUGCUUGUGGAUUUUCAUGUGAUGGGCUUUGGAGGCUAUUCAUAAGGACGAGUAACGCAAUUUUCGAGGCGCUCCCGAAAAAAUUCAAAUUUCUCGCUCACUCUUUCUGAGAAGAUUGAGUUGUGUCGGAGUUCGGAGAAAAAGGCGUUGGGGCUGGUCCAGUCCAUUCAUCUCUUCUUUGUCCAACCAACUUGGACCCUAAUUCCCCGUCUAUAGGAGCCGGGAGAAGCUUAAGGCGAGCAGCUGCUUCUCCUCGUCCGUCUCCUCCUAAUUCAUCGCGACACUCGCCUCAGCUAGGCCCCGCCUUUUCCGACUCAAUUUCCUGGACUCGAGUCUACGCGGCUCCUCUACGGCCAACACAUGCGAAUCGACAUGUCCGACCUGGAAAUCGACACGACGCCAUCGCCGUUCUGCACCCCCGUCAGGACGGGAACCGUCGGCGUCGCCAUCGGCGUCUUCGACAUCGUCUUCCUGACGGUGGCCUUCUUGAAGAGCGUCCAGUUCUUGCAGCAGAACGGCUUCAACCUCUUCGCCACCUCGGCUGUCGGAGCCAUCGGCGUCCUCUACAGUGUCCACAUCAUCUGCACCUUGCUCUGCUGGUAUGGCCUGGCCAGAGGUCGCAGCUCCUGGAUCGUUCCCAAGAUCAUCCUCAAGUUCACCACCGUAGUCAUCUGCGUCUGUCUGACGCUCCUUCUGACGUUCUUCGUCUCCUCCAACUCGCCUGUCAUCGGCAACGCCAUCGCUCGUGGCUUCAACGCCGAGUACCUGGACCAUCGAGGAGCCAUCGAAAUGGGCUGCAUCGUCCUCGUCGGCAUCUCGGCGACGCUCUCAAUGGCCCAAACGUGGCUUCUCGUCCUAAUUAUCAACAUUUAUCGACAAAUCCGAGAAGACGAGCUGGAGGAAAUGCUCGAGAAGGCGUUGAAGAGAAUUGAAAAGGCGGAGAAGAAGAAUAAGGAGAAGGCAAAGGUCAACGGUGUGAACGGACAUAGCAAUGGAAUUCCCCGGACUUCCGUUGGCUUCGGAUUGAGUGGACAGGGAUCAAAUCCAUCCGAUGGAAAUCUCACUUUUACCACCUUCAUGUAGAUGCCGGUGAAUUUUUGAGCUUCUUUGGGGGAUAGGACAUAAAAUAUUGUUCAUGUCGAGUUUUAGAAAUUCCUGUUUUUUAAUAUCACCUUCCUUGUAAGGGAUCGCUCUAAUUUUUGAAAGCUGGAAAAAUAAGUUAUGAGCGGAAAAGAACGGAAAGGAUUUUUAAAAAAUGAAAAAUAAGUUGAUGACCUUGAUUUUUCAUUUCGAAAUAUUUCAGGCCUGUCGAAGGAAUCGGUGACGCUUGACCAGAUCAACACUGUAGUGAUCACUCACGGCUCGCCAGGACACAUGGGCAACAUGAAUUUCUUCGCCCAGAAGCCCAUCCUUUUCCACGCCAUGGAGUACAUCGGCCGCCACGUUUCGCCCACCGAGCUCAAGGAGGUUUCUAAAAUUUGAGAAUUUUAUCAAAGAAAGUUUUUUUUCUAGCUGACCUUCAUUGAAGAAUCUGAUCAUUUUAAAAAGUUUUCCCUGAAGUUUUGAUUCAUUUAUUCGAAAAAACCGUUUUUAUGAUUUAUUGAUUUUAUGGAGGCUGUUAUACGCCAGAAAAACGACCAGUAAAAUUUAAUUUUUUUGAUUUAUUUUUUUACCUAUUUUUUUGAACUUAAAUUAGGUUUUUUUCUUCGUUCAACAGCUCAGAACGUUCCAAAUUUGGCUGAGAAAACAAAAAUUUGAAGAUUCUUAUGUACACGAUUUUUUUUUUCCUUUUUCUUGUUUUCUCCGUUUGGCCCACUACUUUUCCGUAAAGCUAAUUAGCCUUUCAAAAAACGCUCGUAAAACUCUUGAAAGAUGUUUUUUUCCACCCGUUCUUCUCGCUAAACCAGCUUAUUUUCGUGAAGAUGCCAACUUAAGCGGAUCGGAAACGCUUGAGUAACUCACCGGAAGCUUCGCAAGAUGUUUUUCUAGACAUUUUCAAUGGAAAACUUUUUUGGAAACCAGGAAAAACUUUAUUUUUCGAAUAAUAUGGAUAAUAGAAAUAUGGAGGCAGUAACAGUUGAUUUUUCAAUAAGAUUCGAGAUAUUCCAUGAAAAAUCAUCGAAAGUUCUUUAAAGGAGCAUAGGAAACCUUUUUUUUAAGUCUCAACGCGAAAAACCAAGCCAAUCUCCUGCGCUUUUUACAAGCCUAGCAAAGAUUUUAAUAACAAUACUAUUUCAGAUAACCCAUUUAAAGUUUGAAAAAUAUGACAAAUAUGUUAAAAUACGUGGACGCAGCCGACCAUUCCCAAAAAAAAUGUGGAAAUGUUUCAGAGACCGUACCGAAAGCUGUCGCAGAACAUCGAGGUCUGGAAGACACCCGGCCACACCCAACAAGACCUGACCGUCCUCGUGCACAACGUCGCCGGCUACGGCAGCAUGGCCAUCGUCGGAGACUUGAUCCCCAGCGAGCAGCUCGUCAGCGAAAAGGUACAAAACACUCUCGAAAAUGAAUCAUUUUUGAGAAAAGGUGCAAAGUAGUCCAAAUUGAACUUAUUUCCAAAAAGAAAAAGGUAAUAGAUACGUUGAAAUUGUUCUAUUUUAAAGAUUUUAAAAAACUUUCAAAUUAACUCAUUUUCAAGAGGAAAAGGUACAAAACGCUCUGAAGCUAGCUCAUUUUCUAUAUGUGAGGUAUAAAGUAAUUCGAAAUUAAAAUGUUUUUCGAAACGAGUGGUUCAAAAAUGUUUUGAAAUUAAUUUUUUUUUUUUUGAAAAAAAGGGCAAUAAAAAUCUUUGAAAGAGUUUUUUUUUUCAUAAAUAAAAGGUCCGAAUCACUAUGAAAUGUUAAUCAUAUCAGAAAAUGAAAAAAAUCAUCUCACUAUUGCUCACGUUACAGCGUGACGUCAUGGCUGACGAGGGCGUCUGGGACGCGGCGAUCAAGCGCCAGAACGCCAACCUCAUCGUCUGCAUGGCCGACUGGAUCGUGCCCGGACACGGACAGCCGUUCCGCGUCUUGCCUCACUACAGGUUCGUUUAGUGGCUCUUUAAGUGAUUUCGAAAAUAUUGUAAGCUUUUAAUCCUUAUUUUUAAGGUCAUAAAAGCCAGAGGCCUCUUCUUAACUGAUGAAUAAGUUCCUAAUAUUAAUUUAAAAACCUUACUGAGGAGUUAGAAGUCACAGGAGAAAGGACGAGUGACGUCACUCUUUUUUCGCUUAUGUCAUUCUUAAAAUUCAUAAAACAGUGACGUCACUGAUUGACUGGAUCAACCCAUUUUUUCUCCGUAAAUUAAUAUUCUCCCUUGUGAAAUUGAGAAUGAAGAUGACGUCAUCAGUUAAAAAUUCGCCUUUAAUUUAAGCUGUUGUAUUGAAAUUUCUACUUGCCAUUAUUCUUAACACUUAAGGGCCCACUGGGACCUACCCCAUGAAAGUUCAAUUUUUAUCGAUUAUUUACCAAUAAUUCUCAGGCAAAAGGCCGGCUGCACACGGCUGUUGGCUCAACGCCACCUCUCCAACCAAGUCUAA